AGUUUUAAUAAUCAAAAAGGAAAUGUUAGAGAGAGAAAAUAAAUGUUAGCAAUCUUUUAAAAAAAAAAAAAAAAGAAAACUCUCUCUCUCCGUAGCAGUCACCAAACGCUUCUAUUUCUCUCUCUGUUUGGCUUUGUUUUCUCUCUCCUUGGCGAUCUGGGCUUACAUAUGAUGCGGUUUUGAGCUAAAUUACAUCGGUUUUAGUGAAUAAUCAUUUCCAAUCACUAAUAAAGUGGUUGUCCACGCGGCUAUAUAAACAUCAGAUGCUGGAUAUCAUAUUCUUAGACUUGCUGAAGUGUUUCGACACAGUUUCUCACCUGGAACAGAAUGUGAUAUUGUAUGGUGUCCUUGUGUAGUAACUGAACUAGCAGGAGAGAUAGAAGAUGGACCAUGAUGAAACAGGAUGUCAAGCUCCUCCUGAACGCCCAAUUUUGUGCAUCAACAAUUGUGGCUUCUUCGGAAGUGCAGCCACAAUGAACAUGUGCUCCAAGUGUCACAAAGAUAUGCUGAUGAAACAGGAGCAGUCAAAGCUCACUGCAUCAUCUGCAGGAAGUAUUCUGGGUGGAUCAUCAAGCAGCAGUUUGGAACAACUUAUUGCUGCCGGGACUGUUAAUAUUCAACCAAAUGUGGAGGAGUCAAAGCCAAUCGCCGUGCAGCCAUCUUAUAUUUCAGAGCUGGGGGAGAGUGUUGAGGCAAAGCCAAAGGAGGGUCCAAACCGGUGCAAUGCUUGCAAGAAACGGGUUGGUUUAACAGGGUUCAAAUGUCGAUGUGGUAACCUUUUCUGUGCUUCUCAUCGCUAUUCAGACAAACAUGACUGCCAGUUUGAUUAUCGGAAUGCUGCUCGUGAGGCUAUAGCUAAAGCCAACCCAAUUGUCAGGGCAGAGAAGCUUGAUAAGAUCUAGAUCUGAAGGGGUAAAAUUGCGAUGCUGAAAUUUGAUGAUCAUUUCGUCUUUGAGUUUUCCGGGUUGGCCGAGUAUCUUAUCAGGUGUCCUGUUGUAUUAUUGUGUACGGGGAAAGCAAGACAUCAUAGGACAUCUCUGCAAUACGAACUCUAUAUCUUGUGAUUGGCGAGAGUUUAUGUGUUGGCUCCAGUGUUUUUAAGUCUAAAUCUGUGCUGGUUUGAUGGACUUUGUCUUGGUUAGGUUUGUAAUGUGUCCUGUUUCAUAUGGCGUUUCUUUGGUAGUACAACAAAAUGUGGCUUGUGCAAUUUCUAAAUGAUAUAUGGAAUCAUCCAUGAACUCUCGUGUGCGUAGCUUUGUAAAUUUUAUUUAUGGCUUUCAUGGCAUUAAUCUGGUAUUACUGAA